AUGAGUAUUGUUGCUUUAAUUGAAACUAAAGUAAAAGAAAGUAAUGUAAAGAAGGUUCAGAAUAAAUUUGGGUCUGUAUGGAGGUGGGAAACUAACUAUUCUCACUCCCCAAGACGGAGAAUCUGGUUGGGUUGGAAGCAUACAGUUGUUACUUUACAUGUAACUUGUGCCACAGAACAAUUGAUUCAUGCCUGUGUUGUUGAUAAGAAGGGUGAUUUCAGUUCUGCUUUCACAAUUGUGUAUGGUCUUCACUUAGUUGAUACUAGGAGGCCUUUAUGGGCUUCUUUAGCUCAGUUACAUCAGCGGGUGGUAGGGCCUUGGGUCAUUAUGGGUGAUUUCAACUCUACUCUUCUUUCUGGUGAUAGGCACAAUGGUAGCCAUGUAACUCAAGCUGAAACAAAGGAUUUUGAAGACUGUCUUGAUCACACUGGUCUUACUGAACUAAAAAGUUGUGGUCACUACUUUGCUUGGAGUAAUAAGGGGAAAGGUGACAGAAGGAUUAGCUCUAGAAUUGAUAGAGCUUUAGGAAAUGUUGAAUGGCACACUAAAUUUACUGAUGCAGUGGUGGAUUAUGUAAAUCCAGGGUUGUCAGACCACUCUCCUCUUGUUAUGACUUGUAGUUCUUCUAGUGUUGGUGGUGGGAGACCUUUCAAGUUCUUUGACUAUAUGGCUGAGCAUGACAAAUUUCUGGAUUCUGUGAAAAAGGGAUGGGAGAUGAAUUGUCAUGGUACUUUAAUGUUUAAGCUCUGGUCUAGAUUAAAACAGGUUAAACAAGAGUUAAAGGCUUUGCAUCAUCAGGAGUUUGCUAGAAUUGAAGAAAGGAUUUAUAAGGUUAGAGAGGGAUUAAAAGAAGUUCAGUCUCAACUGGCUACUGAUCAUCUGGAUGUGGACUUGCAUGAAGCUGAGAAGAACCUUGAAAGACAAAACAAGAAUAUCAUUGAUUUGCUGUAUGAUGGUUCGGGAAGGAAAUUGGAGAAAUUUGAUGAUAUUAAAGCUGGAAUCAGUUCAUUUUAUAAGGAGCUUAUUGGCACUGCUGCUUCUAGUUUGACUAGUAUUGAUGUCCAGAUGGUAAGGAAAGGGAAGCAACUUUCAGCUGAUAAUGCAGAAGGGUUGGUUAGACCUAUUACAAAUGAUGAGAUUGAUGCAGCUGUGAAAGGGAUUGAGGUAAACAAGGCUUCUGGUCUUGAUGGGUUCAACUGCCUGUUUUUUCUCAAAGCUUGGGAUGUGAUCAAAGAUGACAUGUAUGAUGCAGAAAAAGGAAUUAUUUAG